CUAUAUAUUAUUCUGUGUUAUAGCCAUAUUUAUAUCCGUGAUUAUAGUCAUAUUAUUUAUUCUGACAUCAUAAUAUUAUAUUAUGAAAACAUAAUAAUUAUCUCAGAACUCAUUUCAACUAUUCUGUAUUAGGUCUGAUAUAUCAUCUAAAAUUCUAAUUUUUAAUAAAAAUUGAUCGUAUUAAUUAUUGCAUUAUGUACAAUUUGUUUUUAAUUUCAAUUAUAGUAUAACUGUUUUAACUGAACCCAAUCUAUUUUAUAAAAUAGACUAUUUUAUAAUUAUGUUAACUGAAGUGGAAAAUAAUGAGAAUAAUAAAAAUCCGCCAUCUUCAGCAGCUGAAGAAAUCAAGUUUACUGAGCGAAUGAGAAAGGCAACAAGGAAAGAACAUCGAAUUAGUGAUGCUUUAAUUAAUGCAAAAAUGACCAUUGGUAUGACAGAUAGCAAAGUAUGGGUAGAAGGAUUACGACGAUUUUACGUUGUAUACCAAUAUCUAGAGAUUGCAAUGAAAAAAGAAGAAAAUUUUAAUUUACAUAAAUUUGGACAAAUUAAUGGUUUAUUUCGUACUCAACCGUUUGAAAGCAGCUUACGACAUUAUUUAGGAGAAAAAUGGCCAUCCGGAAAAACUAAAGCCAUGGCUGAAUAUUCCAACUACUUAUUAUCUUUAGAAAAUGAAAACCAUGUACUAUUGUCACCAUUCAUAUAUCACAUGUAUAUGGGCAUUCUAUCUGGUGGUCAAAUACUGAUGGCUAAACAAAGAAUGGCUUUCUCAGAUGGAAAAGGAUCUGAAGCAUUUUACUUCGAUAUUAAUGUAAGAGAGGCAAAAAAUCAACUACGGAAUGAAAUGAAUGCUUUGGCAGAAAAAUUAGAUGACGAAACAAAACUUAGAUUAUUAAAAGAAAGUAAAAUGGUUUAUUUAUUGAAUAAUAAAUUAGUAAAAGAAGUUAAAGUUCCUACAGAAAUUUUGUUAAUCAAGUUAAUAUUUGUUAUUGGAAUUUUUAUUUUUGUGAUCUUAUUAUGGAAGGUAUCAAAAAAGUUUCUUAUGGUUUUAUUUUAGUAAUUAUUAACUGGUAUUUAACAGUUUUCUUCAACUAAAUUUUAAAAAUUUAGUUUGAUUAACCAAUUUAAAUUAUAUUAAAUAAUCUAGUUAUAGAUACUUUUUUAUAGUUGAUUGUUAUUUUUUAUUUAUAUGGUUUAUUGUAUUUGGGUAAUAAAAAAUAAAAUAAUAA